AUGUUUAACCUCAUGAAGAAGGACAAGGAGCGGGACAGCGGGCGCAAGGAGAAGAAGAAGGAGCGCAUGUCCGCGGCCGAGCUGCGCAGCCUGGAGGAGAUGAGCAUGCGCCGCGGCUUCUUCAACCUGAAGCGAGAGUCCAAGAGAGAGUCCAAGAACCGGCUGGAGAUCUCCAACCCCAUCCCCAUCAAGGUGGCCAGUGGCAGCGAGCUCACCCUGACCGACCUGGACUCAGAGGAGAACCGCAGCAAUCGCAGCAGCAUGGUGCUGGACGGGCAGCUCAGCGGAGCCAGUUCCACAGACGACCUGAAGGGGGAGGCCUCACAGGAUGGACACAGGGGGUCAGUGCGGGACCGAGUGGCUCACUACGGGUCUCUGGCCAAGCAGAACUCCACACAGGUUGGACAGAUGAUGAAGCGUUUCUCCUUCUCCCAGCGGAGCAAAGAGGAGAGUCCGUCCGAAGGCUCCACUCCCUCGGGCCCAAACUCCGCCGCCCCCUCCCCUCAAGUGGAGAGCAAGGUCUUCAACAUGCUCCGCAAACACAGCCUGAAGCAGCCGCCCGGGAACCCGCCUCCAGAGCCUCCAUCUCAGCCUCCGUCUCAGCCUCCUCCCAGCCGCCGCGUCCCGGAGCUAGUGCCUAAAACCUUCCCAGCACGCCUCUCUCUUCCCCCCGUUGUUGCACCUACGGCUCCACAAACUCGCGAGCUGGAGUUACAGCGGCGAAACACUGGGGACUUUGGCUUCUCGCUUCGCCGCACCACCAUGCUGGACCGCGGCGUCGACGGCAGCGUGUACAGGAGAGUGGUCCACUUCGCCGAGCCGGGAGCCGGGACCAAAGACCUGGCCCUGGGGCUGGUUCCCGGAGAUCGUCUGGUGGAGAUCAACGGCAGGAACGUGGAGAAUAAAAGCAGGGAUGAGAUCGUGGAGAUGAUACGGCAAAGCGGCGACACGGUGAGGCUAAAGGUGCAGCCGAUCCUGGAGCUGAGCGAGCUGAGCCGCUGCUGGCUGCGGAACACGGAAGGACUGAGACGAGAAACCAGAGAUGUGAGUAUUGAGAGUUAUGGAGGCAAAAGUAUGCUCUUUUGGGAUAAGUUUUUGUGA